UUUAUAGUAGGUAUAUACUUGAGUAAAAAACUGGAUUACUAUUAUUGGAUUUUAUCGACGAAUUCAGUGUAUCCGGCGUCCUCGUAGUUUGUCAAAUCGGCUACUGUAUGUGAUAUUUUGUAAUAAGUUUUGCAUUGCCGUCGGCUUCGUAACAUUAAAAAUGCCACCUACCAUUCAAAAUGGAGCUGCGAAUCAGAGAACCGCCACAAGACCCACGGAAAAAAGAGUGGAAUUGAUCUGCAAAGUGAAAUAUUGCAACACCCUGCCCGACAUCACUUUCGAUCCCAAAUUUAUUGCGUACCCUUUUCAACCAACAAGAUUUAUUCAGUACAAUCCAACUACUUUGGAACGUAAUAAUAAGUAUGAAGUACUUACUGAGCAUGACUUGGGUGUGGAAAUUGACCUGAUAAACAAAGAUAUUUAUAUUGGUGAUCCCAAUGCUCAGUUAGAUCCAGCUGAUGAAAAGUUAUUGGAAGAAGAUGUUCUCACACCUCAGGAUUCUAAAAGAUCAAGACAUCAUGCUAAAAGUGUGUCGUGGCUCAGGCGUACCGAGUACAUCUCUACAGAACAAACAAGGUUUCAACCGCAAACCACUUCUGACAAAGUUGAAGCUAAAGUUGGUCAUAAUAUCAAAAAGCAUUUCAAGGAAGAUACUUUGUACAUGGACCGUGACUCUCAAAUUCGAGCAAUAGAGAAAACAUUUGAAGACAAUAAAAAACCAAUUGAGAAACAUUACAGUAAACCAAAUGUACAUGCUGUUGAAAUAUUUCCAGUUUACCCAGACUUCAAGCUGUGGAAAUAUCCAUGUGCUCAAGUUAUAUUUGACUCUGAUCCAGCUCCUGCAGGUCUUUCUGUACCAGCACAAAUUGAAGAAAUGUCGCAGGCCAUGAUUCGGGGUGUGAUGGAUGAGAGUGGAGAACAAUUUGUAGCUUACUUCUUACCAUUGGAAGAGACACUUGAGAAAAGGAAAAGAGACUUCUGCAAUGAUAUUGAAUAUGCAGAGGAGGAAGAGUAUGAGUACAAAAUGGCUAGAGAAUAUAAUUGGAAUGUCAAGAAUAAAACUUCCAAGGGUUAUGAAGAGAAUUAUUUCUUCGUUGUUCGCGAUGAUGGGGUCUAUUACAAUGAACUGGAGACUCGUGUAAGACUGAGCAAGCGACGACAGAAAGUUGGACAGCCACUAAAUAGCACUAGACUAGUUGUACGUCAUCGAACAAUGACUGCACCCGAAUUUAGAAUGCAACGGUACCGAGAGAAGCAAUUGGAACGACCUUGUGAUGAAGAGGAAGAAGAGGAAGAAGAAGAGGAGGAGGAAGAAGAACAAGAGGAAACUAAAACUCAGGAAGACAAAAACGAGGAGGAAAAAGAAGGAUCAGACAACGAGCCAAACGACGAAACACGCGAAAAUAGCGGUUCCCGAGCAUCUUCACGUGCAUCAUCCCGAGCUUCUAGCAAAUCUCGCUCACGCUCACCGUCGAAAGCUCGUUCUACACGUUCAGCUCGAUCAUCACGAUCAGUUCGGAGUCAGUCCAAAUCGCAAUCUCGAUCACGAUCACGUUCUGGCUCGGGUUCUCGUUCUCGAUCGGGUUCGCCAGCCAAAUCGCAAUCUCGUUCGCGUAGUGGUUCUCCAGCGAGAUCGGGUUCAGGUUCACCAGCGAGGUCAGGUUCAGGUUCACCAGUAAGAUCCGCCUCGAGGUCUUCUGCCAAGUCCAAAUCAAAAUCCAAGUCAAGAUCAAGAUCGAGGUCUGCUUCAGGUAGUGGGAGCGAAGCUAGUGGCAGCGGUAGUGGUAGUGCUAGCGGUAGUGGCAGCGAGUCUGGCUCCGAGAGCGAGUAAGUUGUAUCCCCUUUUGAGGAUCAGCUUAUGAUUUUAUAUCGCGGACUAUAACUGUAAAUCUUCUAUAAGAUUUGUUGUAAAAGUAGCUUAACGUUCAGAUUGAAUUUUGUAAAAAAAAAAAUUAAAGGAAAAGAUUAGUUUAGUUUUAGUAUUCAGUUAUAAUUCAGUGUUGAGAAAAUUGGUUACGUAGACGUGUAGAUAAUUUUUUCCUUUUAUGUUGAUUAUGUAUGAUAAUUCUCAUGAAAUCGAAUUGUAUUUAACGUUUAAUAAUACGUUUUGACACUUUUUAUUUUAUUCUUAUUAAGGUAGUACUAUAGCCAUGUACAUAGUGUCUAUGCAAAAAAAAAAAAAAUAAAUAAGUUGAACAAAUGUAAUAAUACGGGAUUUUUAUAUUAAAACAAUGAUUAUUUCUACUGAAAUGAUUCCUAUAAUUGUCCGUGUUAAAAGUACAAUUUUUUAAUAACAAUCACAUUGGAAAGUCAAUUUCAAACUUUGCAUACAUCUUUAUCAAUAUAAACAUUAGUUUUAAGACUAGUUUCAAAAAAUUUUGAUUUUUUUGAGUUUACUAUAGUACUACUUUACGCCUACUUAUAAAAUGUAACAUUGAGAUCUUUGAUCAAUCAGCGUCUCAAGCGAAUAUUCGCGAACCAUAUGAUUGAUAACACUAUUAACUGAUAGCGAUUUACAGUUAAGUGUUAAAUUCUUGCUAACGUGUAUAAUAAAAACUAGUAAGACGUCUAAUCUAUAAAUAGAAAGAUGUUUUAUUUGAAAAGAUUACAAAAAAAAAACGAGAAAAGCAAUAAAUGUUUAUAGUUGAAAAUUGAUUUGCUAAUCCAAACACAAAUUUAGAACACAAUCAAUAGGGCACUAUUGCUACAUUAUUGUACUUAUGACAAAUAUGAAAAAUGAGUUUAUUGAUCUUGUCCACCUUUCAAGACAAGCAGACCCUUAAGACGGUGAAAACUCCAAUGAAUCGAUACUAUCAUCGUUCUUUCAUACUUAUGCUAUACAUAUUACUUCAAAAUUAAAGUUCGAUUAGAAAUAAAUUAUUUAUAUUACGAACACUCAAUUAUGAGUAUUACUUUGGACCAUAGACAUAUGUGGUUAAUGGCAA